AUGGCACAAUAUCCAAUACCGAAUCCAUCAGGACGACGUGAACAUGAACCAAUUGAGUUUACUCGAACGUUCAAUGCUAUCCAACGACCCAGUGUUGGGGGCCCACAGUUUUCGACUUUCUUUGAUGAACGUAUAAAAAGUAACAAAUUACCUCGUCCAACUCAAGUUACUGAUAAACGAAUCAAUUUCCUUCCACCAGUUCUAAGUCUCAUACUUGGUUCAAAUUAUUUUUUAACUGUUUUAUGUAUUAUUCUCGUUGUUCCAAUUCUUGAAUUAGUAAUUGGUCUAGUUUUUCAAGAUAAAUGUCCUGCAGAAACUAAUAUACCAAAAUAUUUAAUUGUAACUGGUGCAUGUGGUAUUGUAGCUAUUGCUUUGACAGUAGCGAUUGUUAUUUCAAUUAAAUGUUGUAUUAAACAAGAUUCCAUCGCUGGAUCAUGCAUUAGUGGGUGUGUGAUCGGUCUUAUAGUAUUGACUAUUCUUCUGAUGUGCGUUUUUCUCUUUGCUUGGUUUAUUGCGGGUAAUGUUUGGGUAUUCGGAGCGCAAAAUAAAAUUGAUUUUGAUAAUGAAAGAUCACCGAAUUAUUGUCAUUCAAUUUUGUAUAAUUUUGCUUUUUGGAUAAUUAUUUUAACCUAUAUUAUGACUGUUGUUACGUGCUGUUUAUCCUGUUGUCGUGCUUGUUUUGGAUCAAUAUCUACACUAAAAGCAUAG